AUGGUUCCCGCACGUAACAACAUGUUUCUCGUUUGCGUGACUGUGGGGCUCGUCUUUCUAGCUUCGAAGUAUCGCAACAACGUGCUUCGUAGCGUAAAACAUCUGUACAAAAAUCUAAAGAGUCGAGAUAGCAGCAGGGAUAACGGCAAAUGUAAAGUUAAACGCGAGAAUACUGUUAAUAAUAGUAAUAAUACUAAUAAUGAUAAGGAAAACGACGACAAAAACGGAGUUAAGCUUAUAUUGGACAAGAUCAUCCUGGCGGACUCUCCAGAGAAAUGCGAUUACGCCGUACAACGUAUUCGCUGUAAUCUAUCCGGUGGCGUAUUGGGUUUUGAUUGCGAAUGGGUCAAGGAAGGACCCGUUUCCCUAUUACAGUUGGCCACUUACAAUGGAGUAGUUGCUCUAUUCCGCCUUGGGAAAAUCGGAUAUGUUCCGCCUAAACUAAAGGAACUGCUGGCUAGUAAGCAGAUUCUCAAAGUUGGGAUAGCUUCGUUCGAAGAUGGACAGAAGAUUGUCAAGGAUUAUGGUUGCAGAGUCAGUGGUACUCUCGAUUUGAGAAAUCUAUCCGAGACCCUCCGUCUACCGAGCCGAAAAAGCUUAGCUGCCAUGAGUUUAGAGUAUCUUAACAUUGAGAUGGACAAAAUAGUAGAAGUGAGAUGCGGGGAUUGGGACGUUGGCACUCUCUCCGACGAACAAGUGGCGUACGCCGCUUGUGAUGCACUUGCAUCUGUUAUCAUUUAUCACAAAAUAAGGCAGAAAGAGAUGCAAAAGUAUUCAUUAUGGCAAAGAUUAGGGAUUUAUUUAUGUAAUAUGUUGAAUAGUGAUGUAAACGUGCGGGUUCACGGCCUGCCUGCUGGAGUAGUUGAUACGAGGUACAGGGCUCAACGAUCACCAAGUACGGACAAUACAUGUAACAACAUUCCAAAUGUUGUCAAAAGGUCACCGAUAACCGAUAAGAACAAUAAUAGCAAUAUCGAACGAAAGAAUUCAAUACCGACAAGGAUCAAACCGUUGUAUCAUAAUUGUUACCUGCAAGCGCCUGAUGGAGAUAUAUUGUGUACCUGCGACCGCAAGAAAGCCGAGUGGUACAUCACGAAGAAAUUGGGCGAGCUUGUGUCGACAGAACCAUUUACAGUGAGAUUAAAUUUCGAGCCGUCUGGCCGAGCCUUGGGCGAAGUCGGCCAGUACUACACGCAAGUGAAGGUCAAUCAGUGCGUAGUCUGCGGAUGCACCGAUAAAUUCAUUCGAAAAAAUGUCGUGCCGCGGGAGUAUCGCAAAUAUUUCCCACUGGUGAUGAAGGCACAUCAGUCUCACGAUGUGCUGCUACUGUGCCCACCUUGCCAUGAGAUUAGUAACAGCCAUGAUCUGCAGCUCAGAAGAAAGCUAGCAGACAUGUGCGAUGCACCGUUGAUUGGGCCGCUCUCCCACGUGCGAGACAAAUACGUCAACAACUAUCGGAAACUGCAUUCAGCCGUCAAGGCGUUGAAUGAUACAGUAUCACUCCCUUCGGGGCGACGCGAGGAGUUCGAGAAUUUCGUACUGGAAUACACGGGGAAACAGAAGAUCACGCCAGAUCUACUGAGUACCCUGAACGAGCAGCUGAAGUCCACGCUGAUCCAACAGCCGCUUAAUCAGUGCAAAUAUCAGCCGCACGGAUUAAAGGUGGUGCAGUAUUUCCAACGACAGGAAGGUGGACUGAUUGAACUGGAGCGUAUGUGGCGGGAGCAUUUCCUUAUCACUAUGAAUCCGAAGCACUUGCCGAGUUUAUGGUCUGUACGUCACAACCAAGAGCGACUGAUCAUACGCCAGGCGCAAAAUCGGAUUGAACCACAGGAUGCGAAAGUAGCUGGUUUAACGAAGUAGAGCGCCGGCUUUUGAUGUUUAAUACAGAGUUUUAAUAACGAAAAGUGUCGUAUAAGAGCGACAACUUCAAAGACUUGUAUAAUAUCGAUAACUUGUAUAUAAUAUCUGCCGAAUAUACAUACAUGAAUAA